AUGCUGGUCUUAAUGCCCCGAGUGGCUUACGCUGAAGCUGUUUGCACUCCGGUUAUUCCCAGUCUCAACGAGCUGGCAGUAAUGCCCGAGUGGCUUGCGUAUAGCCGUUAUCGCUCCGGCCAUUCCCAGUCGCAAUAUGCUGGUCGUAAUGCCCCGAGUGGCUCACAGAGACCAAAACCCACUGUUACCAUAAAUCCUGAUAAUCAUGUGUUUAUAGGAGAGAGAGUUACUCUUACAUGUAACAUAGAGAAUGGAGGAGGUGUCCAGAACUGGAGGUACAGCUGGAAUAAAGAAGGUUCAGACCAAACUGUCAGUAAUGAUCAGCAGUACAGAAUCAGUGAUGUUACAGAGAAUCAUGCAGGUAAAUACACCUGUACAGGAACAGAGACAGGAGGCUCACGUUCCUCACACCCCAGUGAUGCUGUUCUACUGACUGUAUCAGAGAGACCAAAACCCACUGUGAUCAUAAAUCCUGAUAAUCACGUGUUUAGAGGAGAGAUUGUUACUCUCACAUGUAACAUAGAGAAUGGAGGAGGUGUCCAGAACUGGAGGUACAGCUGGAAUAAAGAAGGUUCAGACCAAACUGUCAGUAAUGAUCAGCAGUACAGAAUCAGUGAUGUUACAGAGAAUCAUGCAGGUAAAUACACCUGUACAGGAACAGAGACAGGAGGCUCACGUUCCUCACACCCCAGUGAUGCUGUUCUACUGACUGUAUCAGAGAGACCAAAACCCACUGUGACCAUAAAUCCUGAUAAUCACGUGGUUAUAGGAGAGACUGUUACUCUCACAUGUAACAUAGAGAAUGGAGGAGGUGUCCAGAACUGGAGGUACAGCUGGAAUAAAGGAGGUUCAGUAGUCAGGAAUGAUCAGCAGUACAGUAUCAGGUAUGUUAGAGUAGCUGAUGCAGGUAAAUACACCUGUACAGGAACAGAGACAGGAGGCUCACGUUCCUCACACCCCAGUGAUGCUGUUCUACUGACUGUAUCAGAAAAACCCAAAACAACUGUGAGAUUAGAACCUCAGAACUUCAUCUACACUGGAGACACCGUUACUCUGACCUGUGAUCUGAAUCAGUCUACAGGAUGGACUUUCAUCUGGUACAGAAAUGAUCAGGAAGUAAAUCCUCAGAUCUCUGCAGCUAAAAUCACCACCAACAAACUCAGUGAGAAACUUUAUUAUACAGGAACAACAAAGUACUACUGUAGAGCGCUAAGAGGAAACAACUACUACAACUACUACCACUACUACAACUACUACUACAAUUUAGAGUUCAGUGAUCCAGUUACCGUUACAGUUGAAGAGAGACCAAAAGCUGCUGUGACCAUAAAUCCUGAUAAUCACGUGUUUGUAGACGAGACUGUUACUCUCACAUGUAACAUAGAGAAUGGAGGAGGUGUCCAGAACUGGAGGUACAGCUGGAAUAAAGAAGGUUCAGACCAAACUGUGAGUAAUGGUCAGCAGUACAGAAUCAGUGAUGUUACAGAGAAUCAUGCAGGUAAAUACACCUGUACAGGAACAGAGACAGGAGGCUCACGUUCCUCACACCGCAGUGAUGCUGUUCUACUGAGUGUAUCAGAAAAACCAAAACCUGAACUCACAUCUAACCAUAAAGUAGCUGCACUAGCAGGAAACUUAGUGCUUCUGUACUGUGAACUGAACCCAACUGCUGGAUGGAACUUCUACUGGUACAAACACACACAGAACACUGAGACUGAGACUACAACACACCCCUCCUACACCAUCUACUCAGUUAGUGUCUCUGAUGGAGGCCAGUACUGGUGCAGAGCUGGAAGAGGAAACCCAGUCUAUUACACACAUUACAGCAGUGCACUCUGGGUAAAUGUUACUGGUGAAUCUUCUUCAGUUUCUCUGAUCAUCAGUCCCAGCAGAACUCAACACUUUACUGAUGAAUCUCUCUCACUGAACUGUGUGGAUCAGAAUAAAUCUACUGAAUGGAGACUGAGAAGAUACACUGACGAUCGAGGAGUGUUUGACUGUUCAUCAGUAUCAGGAACAGUUAGAAGAUCUACAUGCAACAUCAGCUCCCUCAGCACAUCCCACACUGGAGUGUACUGGUGUGAAUCUGAAUCUGGAGGCAGUAAUCCUGUCAACAUCACAGUGCAUGAGAGACCAAAACCCACUGUUACCAUAAAUCCUGAUAAUCACGUGUUUAUAGGAGAGAUUGUUACUCUCACAUGUAACAUAGAGAAUGGAGGAGGUGUCCAGAACUGGAGCUACAGCUGGAAUAAAGAAGGUUCAGACCAAACUGUCAGUAAUGAUCAGCAGUACAGAAUCAGUGAUGUUACAGAGAAUCAUGCAGGUAAAUACACCUGUACAGGAACAGAGACAGGAGGCUCACGUUCCUCACACCCCAGUGAUGCUGUUCUACUGACUGUAUCAGAAAAACCAAAACCUGAACUCACAUCUAACCAUAAAGUAGCUGCACUAGCAGGAAACUUAGUGCUUCUGUACUGUGAACUAAACCCAACUGCUGGAUGGAACUUCUACUGGUACAAACACAAACAGAACACUGAGACUGAGACUACAACACACCCCUCCUACACCAUCUACUCAGUUAGUGUCUCUGAUGGAGGCCAGUACUGGUGCAGAGCCGGAAGAGGAAACCCAGUCUAUUAUACACAUUACAGCAGUGCACUCUGGGUAAAUGUUACUGAGAGACCAAAACCCGCUGUAACCACGAAGCCUGAUAAUCACGUGUUUGUAGGAGAGAUUGUUACUCUCACAUGUAACAUAGAGAAUGGAGGAGAUGUCCAGAACUGGAGGUACAGCUGGAAUAAAGGAGGUUUUGUCAGAAGUCAAAGUGAUUACAUUAUCAAUAAUGUUAACCAGAAUCAUGCAGGUAAAUACACCUGUACAGGAACAGAGACAGGAGGCUCACGUUCCUCACACCCCAGUGAUGCUGUUCUACUGAGUGUAUCAGAAAAACCAAAACCUGAACUCACAUCUAACCAUAAAGUAGCUGCACUAGCAGGAAACUUAGUGCUUCUGUACUGUGAACUAAACCCAACUGCUGGAUGGAACUUCUACUGGUACAAACACACUCAGAACACUGAGACUGAGACUACAACACACCCCUCCUACACCAUCUACUCAGUUAGUGUCUCUGAUGGAGGCCAGUACUGGUGCAGAGCUGGAAGAGGAAACCCAGUCUAUUACACACAUUACAGCAGUGCACUCUGGGUAAAUGUUACUGGUGAAUCUUCUUCAGUGUCUCUGAUCUUCAGUCCCAGCAGAACUCAACACUUUACUGAUGAAUCUCUCUCACUGAGCUGUGUGGAUCAGAGUAAAUCUACUGAAUGGAGAGUGAGAAGAUACACUGAUGAUCGAGGAGUGUUAGACUGUUCAUCAGUAUCAGGAACAGCUAGAGAAUCCACAUGCAGCAUCAGCUCCCUCAGCACAUCCCACACUGGAGUGUACUGGUGUGAAUCUGAAUCUGGAGGCAGCAGUAAUCCUGUCAACAUCACAGUGCAUGGUGGUGACGUGAUUCUGGAGAUUCCUGUUCAUCCUGUUACUGAAGGAGAAUCUUUGACUCUACACUGUUUAUAUCGCAAAACUAAACCCUCAAACCCCCGAGCUGAUUUCUAUAAAGAUGGAUCAGUCGUGCAGAACCAGACCUCAGGAGAGAUGAUGAUCCAUCACAUCUCAAAGUCAGAUGAAGGUUUCUACCACUGUAAAUACCCAGAGGGAGGAGAAUCGCCAAAGAGCUGGGUGAUCAUCAGAGGUAAGAAAGUGUCUGAAGCUUCGUUAUCAGUGCUGAAGAUGAUCAGUAGUGCUGUGGCAGCUUUUCCGUAUCUGCUGUCCACCAUCAUCCUGGUGAAAUGUUACAGAGCUGGAGCUGUAACUGGUGAGAUUAAACUGGACGCAGUGGUUGAGGCUGAAACUUCCAUCUGAGUGUUAAAUGUUCUGUUUUUACAUUAG